AGAUGCUUGUGGAAGGAGAGAAGCGGUGGGAGAGAUGAGAAAGAUGUUUGGCAAUACCACAAGGUAUCAUACUAAUAAGAAAUUUGGACAAUUCCAAAAUUAUGCUUGAAAAUACGGUUGCCUUAAUAUUUACAACUGUUUGCAUGUCAAAAUAUUGCAUUACAUACUCAAGUACAAAACAGCUCGACUUAUUACUUUUACAAAUAGUAAAAGAUUGGAAAACAUUUGAAGAUAAAACUGAAAGAAAAAUACUAGAGAAAAAUACUGGACAAGGCACAACAUUAGUUCUGAUUUAUACAUAUUAUCUUCUGUUCGCUUGGAUGAUAUACACAUUUAUGCCCUUUACACCAUAUUUUUUGGACCAGAUAUUUCCAUUGCGAAAUGGAACACGUCCUAUACAAUUACCAUUUUAUGCAGAUUACGUAAUUUUUAAUCAACUUGAUUAUCAUUAUUGGUGUUGCGGGCAUAUUGCAGUUGUAUAUUUUACGAGCUUCUUUCUAUACUCAGGCGUUGAUGGAGCUUACGUGUUAACUGUUAAACACGUUUGUGGAUUAUUUGCGAUAACGUGCAAUAGAAUAGAGACAAUGGGAAACUCUCAAAAAACAGAUGAGGCUAGAUAUGAGCAAAAAAAUUAUUCUACAGUCAAACGAGAAAUGGCAGGAGCUGUGAUUUUACACAAUGAAACAAUAAGAAACGUUGACUUAUUGGAAAAUUCAUUCAGCAAAUGUUUUCUUAUAGUUGAAGGAUUAUUUUUAUUAUCACUUGCUCUUGAAUCAGUUUAUGCAAAAAUGCUUUUUACAGAAAACGAGAUCUUCAGGUUUUUACGGGCUGGUGCUUUUAUUAUUGGUGUAAUACUACACUUGCUAUAUCUUAACUGGGUUGGCCAACAAGUUAUCGAUAGUAGUUCAAAAAUGUUUUAUUCCUCUUAUUUUAGUAAAUGGUAUAUGACCUCCGCUAAAGCCAUAAAGAUCAUACAAAUAAUUAUGUGCCGUUCAUUUAACCAAUGCGAAUUGACUGCUGGCAAAAUAGCAACGCUUUCGAUGGAAAGUUUUGGAAUCCUUAUGAAAACAUCUGCCUCAUAUUUUACCGUUUUCCUAUCUGUAACAUAAAUAUAAAUAUACAAAGAUGUAAUUAUUUUGUGACUAAUUUAAAAGUAAUAGAAAUAUAUUAUAUAUAUAUAUAUAUAUAUAUAUAUACUUAAACACUG